AAGAUAAGUAGAUACAUAUAAAUUUAUAUAGUAUAUAUAUGAGCAGCUAGAGUAAAAUCAGCGUAGGCAACAGCUGGAACUUCAAUGUGACGUUGAAGGUUAAACGGCUGCCUUGGCAAUCAGUAGAACUGUUAAUUGGCGUGCGCGCGCAACAGCAUCCACCACCUCCUUCGACCGCCUCCAAGCAACAAACAGUUAUAAUAACGGGCAGAGCGCCCCGGUUAGUUGCGUCCACAGUUUCGUUACCAACGGUUGUAAUUAUAAUGGCACCACGGCAUAUACUGGACCUCAGCGUUGAGGAGCAGCGCAACUUUAUUGACUCCUUCGACAUGGUAAUCAGCGAUUGUGAUGGAGUUGUCUGGCUGCUCCAUGGCUGGAUACCCGGAGCCGGCGAGGCGAUAAAUGCUCUUAAGAGUGCCGGCAAAUCGGUUAAGUUCGUGUCGAACAAUAGUUUCCGCACCGAUGACCAAUACAUGGACAAAUUCAACCAUAUUGGAGCCAAGAAUAUACAACACGAUGACGUAGUACAUCCGGUUAAAAGUAUUGUGCGCUAUUUGCACAAGCACAAGCCGGGCAAACGCGUCUACUCACUUAUGUCUCUGGAAGCCAACGAGACGUUGCGUAAGCACGGAAUCGAGUAUGAGUCGCUGCAAAUCAAGGAGCACUUGACGUCAGCCACACUGGUCGAACAUCUGGCCAUUGAGCAAACUGUAGACGCUGUCCUAUUUGACAUUCAUCUGGACAUGUCCUACGUGGAGCUGGCCAAGGCGAUACGUCAUCUUCAGAUGAACAAGAACUGCCAACUGAUUGCAGGUGGCAGUGAUGUUAUUAUGCCAUUGACAGAGAAUCUCAAUGUACCUGGCUUCUAUGACUUCUUGCAACACGUCAGACACUACACAGAUCGAGAAGCAAUCUUUCUGGGCAAGCCAUCACCCAUACUGGGCGACAUGCUGAAGGAGAUGUACAACAUAGAAGCACCUGAGCGUUGCAUUUUCGUUGGCGAUAUGCUCGUGCAGGAUGUGCAGUUUGGCAAAUCCUGUGGCUUUCAGUCUCUGCUCGUACUCUCAGGCAGUUUAACCAAGGAGGACAUGGACGCGGCGUCGCCAGAAGCUCAGCCAGACUACUAUGCCGACAGUCUGGCCGAUUUCAUAGAGUUGUUUAAGAACUUGCAGUAGAACCAAAUUGCG